CUACGUAGAGGGGCACCUUCAGUGAGUCAGUCAGUGAGAAAACUACGGCGCGGGUUUAAGGAACAACAACAACCCUGAGUACGGGAGUAGUCAACACCGACGAACAGAUAAUUCCACCGCAAUCUGGGACCAGUGGCAGCAUCAAAUUCAAAUCUCUUGGACCCGAUAAGCCAUCUGGGAACACGGCCAAAUUCAACGAUUGCGGGGCACAAAGUUCGUCGCGAUGCCCCACGCAGUCAGCAUUGCGACCCCGGGCCUUCAGGCCUUGAUCCUUUGUGGCCCGGGUAGCUCAUUCACGACCUUCACAGCAAAUCCCGAUGAGAAUCCAAAGGCCCUCCUCCCUAUUGCCAACAGGCCCAUGGUCUGGUAUCCGCUUGAGUUCUGCUACCGGGCAGGGAUAACAAACAUUACUCUGGUCUGCCCGCCUUCGGCGGCAGAGGCCAUUACCACCGCCCUGAAGACGAACCCCUUUCUAACUAGCCUCCCCUUCCCACGGCCAGAUCUGUUAGCGCCAAAGGAUUUGGACCAAAACACCGGGACGGCCGAGAUCCUCCGCCUUCCAGAGUUGCAGGCCACUGUGACGUCGGAUUUCUUAGUGCUCCCUUGCGAUCUCGUCUGCGAGCUGGGCGCGGACAAGUUGCUGCAGGCAUGGAUGGUCAAGUCAGCUAGCCUCGAUGACCUGGUUGGCGAUUCGCAGUCGCGGGGGCCGAGGAGCGGCGGGCUUAGUGUCUAUUACCAGACGAAGACAGAGACGCCCAUCAAGGAUGAGGAGACAGACUUUGUAGCAACAGUCCCGCUGCCACCGGCCUCGGUCCUACCCCCCAAGGGUUCUUUAUUCCCAAACAUGGCGAAGGUGGUUUACUCGAUGCCGACAGAUUCUCUGAAGGAUCUUACGGAAGAAAAGAAAGGGUUCCCCGUCCGUCAUGGGCUACUUCGGCAACAUCCCCGCGUCAAGAUGCUGACUACCCACCGCGAUGCCCACAUUUACAUCUUCCCUCACUGGGUCAUGCAGUUCAUCAAGGAGAACGAGCGGCUCGAGACCAUCGGAGAGGACGUCAUCGGCUGGUGGGUCAAGGCAAGCUGGCAAAAAGGACUCUCCACCAGGCUCGGGCUCGACAGCAUUCUCCAGCGACCUUCCAAGGGCGGCUCAGACGGGCAGGCCAGCCCAGGCGGACACAACCCUAGCAGCGGCACACACAACCUCGGACUCGAUUCCCGUGCCACCGAUGCACCCAAUCCGGUCGUCUCGGUCAGGAACGGUAGCGGCGACGACGGCCACUCCAUCCCGGGUGACGAGGCCGUUUCCGCCGAGGCUCCCGUACCGCCUAUGCUGGCCUACUUCCACCCGACGGAUCCCUCAGCCCCGGUCAUUCGGCGCGUCGACACGGCCCAGCUCCUACUCCAAGUCUCCCUCCAGCUGGCCAAGAUCCCCUCGCUCGAAGAGACGGUUCCGGAUGCGCCCGCCUCCCCUUUUGCGCACGCCCGCAAGGUCGCCUAUCCCGAGGGCGUGAAGCCACGCACGACCAUUACCAAGCAUGACAGUCUAGUGGCGGACAACGUGACGGUCCAGGAGAAGACGUCGAUCAAGGAGUGCGUGGUGGGCGCGAACUGCCAGAUCGGCGAGGGCGCCAAGCUGUCGCAGUGCCUGCUCAUGGACGGCGUCGUGGUGGGCAAGAACUGCAAGCUGACCAAGUGCAUCCUGGGGAAGCGGAGCGAGCUCGGCGAGGGGUGUGUCUUGACCGAGUGCGAGGUGCAGGAGAACCUGCUUGUCGAGGCUAAGACCGAAGCAAAGGGAGAAAAGUUCAUGUCCUCCUCGGGCCUCGAGGCGAGCGAGCAGGAGUUGGACGCCUUUGAAGCCGACCAUGGGAUAGACGACGACGAUGAUGUUUCAGACGAGUAGGCAAACAAACCUAUUGUUAGAAAUAACUAGAGCUGAGAAGCAUAUUCGGGCCGUCCCGGGCCAAAAAGUGCUCAGCUCAGGAAGUCCUCAAAGCCAGAAACACUAUCCGCGCCUGCUACACUAGAUCUGUUACGGUUCAAUGGCCCCCCAGCUGGUCCCACUUUUGAGGCUGUAACGUGCAGGAAGAAAGACUUCGACAUCAACGACCCCCCAUGACUUGGUACGGCGUCAAAUCGUCACGCCCAAAAUAACUAGGCUCUUCCGCAUUUGGGUGAUGUGGCUGCGGCGUGCCUGAAGGGAGUAACUCUUUGAAACAUUGCUCGCAUGCCGCGCAUACCUC